AUGAGUACUAUGAUCACCUUUGCCGCGAAUAACGAGUUCUUCAGGAAGCGCAAGCGCGUCCACCGCGCAUGCGACUCGUGCAAGAAACGUCGGAAGCGAUGCAGCCAUACCUUCGACGACGACGCGGAUGCCGGAAGCUCUACCAAAAGCGGACAGUCCGCCAACCCAGGUCAACAAGACCCUCAUGCAUCAAAUGCCAGCUAUCAUGAUCAAAGGGGCCAGCGGGGCGACCCUCAGCGCGAUGGAACCCGCUCCUCCAUGGCGCCCUACAGCCCAAGCGAUGACCCGCCUGCACAGACGCCUCCCAACUUCCUCGGCUACUUGAACCCGGAGGCCGUCCUGAGGGAACAGGUCUACGCGGAGAAGGGCAAGUCGACGCAGUCUCCGGUCAUCCCAUCCAUCGGCCAGUGGAUAGAGGGCGAGAAUCCGGCUUUAGGUAGACCGUUAACAAGCCAGCCUGGAGCCGCACCUGCAAGAUUCGAUGAUACGAGUCCAACUGCAAAUCAGGAUGUCAAAGUCCAAAGAGCUCUCCGCCAGUACCUGGAAGCAGUAGGCGUCACAAUACUGCCGCCUCGCGAGUGUCAAGAUGGCUUGCUCGACCUUUACUUCAACUAUGUGCAUCCGCUGCUCCCACUCAUUGACCAAGAUGUCUUCGCAGAACGGUAUGCCCAAGGGCAUGAGUCUCGUCUGUUGAUGCAGGCAAUAUGCAUUGUGGCAUCGAAACACGCUGACGCUGGGAGCUACCUGUGUCUGGGUGACGACCCUCGCAAGAUGGGCCCGCGAGAAUUCUCGCACCGGCUAUAUAAUGCUGUCAUCGCAGGCAUCGAAGCCAAGAUGGAGAAGAAUCGCGUCGUGUUAAUUCAGGUGCUAGCACUUAUAUCGCUGCAUUGCGAAGGUCCCGAUGGUGCUGAACAGGCGUCUAUGCAUCUUGCACAGGCUAUUCACCAUGCGCACACAUUCGGUCUGCAGUUCGGACACCAGUGGAAGAACCAAAAAUCAGACGAUCAAGAGAAUCUAGAAGACCUUUUCUGGUGUCUAUGGAGUCUAGACAAGAUCAACGCUUGCAUGAACGGGAGACCGCUCUUGAUGCAUGAGCGCGAUAAUAGUCUGACGAAGCUACCAACAGAUCCAGAGAAAAGGCAGAGUCCGUUUGGAGUAUGGCUGCAAAUAUCAGAGAUGCUUGACAAAGUCAUAGACUACUAUAGACCGGGAAGUAAAGCGGAAGAGACAGGCUGGGAAGGUGACGACUUCUUGGGUUUUGAAGAGAUGGUCGGCGAUGGAGAGGACAAGCUUGAGGGUCCUAUCAUGAGUCUACUUUCGCUCUUCCAUCACACCAUGUGCAUGGCAUCACACAAGUCCCUUUCUAUCAAUGCCCCCGUCAAAUCAACGCCUUCCUACGUCCGGCAGAGCCUAUCGGCGACCCGAGUAAUCCACCUCCUUAACGCAGAAGCUCCAGAACGUUUACCACCUUUACCUUUAGUUCCCUACGCACUGUCCGUCGCGCUAAGUGUGGUAUACCGGCACUUUCGCUCCAGGAGGCUAAAAGUGCAUAUCAACCGUGCGACCGAAGAACUCAGGCAAUGUGUCAUGCUACUGAAUCGCCUACGCUACGCGUGGUGGACAGCCGGCACAAUGGCUGACAUAGGGACCGCCGUCCUGAAUAACGCAGACCGCAAUACGCGAACUGCAAACACACCUGCGCCCCCUGCCGAGAAUGCACACCAUCCCGCGAUGAAACCAACCCCUGCAGGGGCUCACAACCAGCAGCAGCACCACGCGUCCACCCCAAGUAACUGGCAGACACUCGAUAACGCCACACCGAUUGACCCGCGCUUGCAACAGCAGAACCCAACUUCUGCACCUACAGCAAACAUGACGCAUCUUCUCAAUCCCCUCCCACCACCACCCACGCCAGGCCAGCAUCCGACAAGCAGCGAGCGCGGCUCUCACGUCCAGCAUCCCGGCGCAACACCGCAAUUAGCGCAUGCGGGCCCGCCCUUCGACUUCUCGGAGGCGAGCCCAGACUGGUUGAAUUUCGACACUGCGUUUGAGAAUUUCGAGGGCUUGCUGGGGAGCUCGGGUGCGGACUUGAGCAAUGAACUGUUUAGACCGUUGAACUAUGAGAGCCUGGAUGGGUUUCUGGAUCCUGCGGUUCAAGGGGAGAUGUGA